UAUCACCCGCACAUGUUUGUUCUCACAAAUGGCAUACGUAGCUGGCAUGUGAAUAUAAAAUAAACACCUUUUAAAAAGACAAUAGCUUUUGGAAUUGAUCCGAUACGUAUCUAUUUGCUACGAUGACAAGGAUAUUUAUUUUCGUGGUGCUUACCAUCUUUUUCGCGAGAAACGCACACGCUGCAGUGGAUCUGUACUCCACACUGGACACCGUGAAUGCGACAAUUUUUAAAAGCCUCGUAGAUCAAGCAGGACUAGCCGGUUUGCUACAUGGAAAUACAACGUUCACGGUACUUGUACCGUCCGAUGCGUCAUUUGCCAAAAUACCCGCAAGUGACUUUAACGCCAUUAAAGCAAACCCGACCCAGCUGAUUAGCGUAAUAAAGUAUCACGUAAUCAGCGGUAGACAUGAGAGCCAUUCGUUUGCUUUCGGGCGUCAUCUGUUUCUGAACAGCACAAACGGCCAUGUCAUUCGUGUGUACAGGAGCUCAACGGGUACCCAUUUUAAUCAGGCAAACGCCACAAAAGUGGACGUCACUGCGACCAAUGGCAUUAUCCAUGUAAUCAACACAGUCUUGGAUGUACCAGAAGGUACAGUCAUAGAUAUCCUUGGCAACCCGAACUACAACGCAUCCACAUUCUUAGCAUUGGUGAAGAGAGCUGGCCUUGACAGGAACUAUGCAAACCCAACGGGUUUAAAUCAAUACACGGUUUUCGCUCCGUCUAAUGCUGCAAUGGCGGCUUUUCCUCAAGCAACGCUUAAUGCGCUUGGAAACGACACAACGAACCUAAGGCUGCUUGUGGAGUACCACGUACACUCAGGUACGUUGCACUCAGAUGCCAUCGCCCGCAGGACUUCCGUUACAACGACGCUGCCAGCACACAGCAUCGCCAUCUCCACCACACAGGCCGGUGACAUAGUGCUGAAUGGUAUUGCUAGUAUCCUCCUAGACGACAUCGAGGCGGAAAAUGGCAUAGUUCACGUGAUCUCCCACGUGCUCAUGCCGCAGAUACUGACACCAAUCGUCGGAUAGAAGUCAAGGUCAUGGUUGAGGCUCAACGGAAGUUCUAUUUAUGAAUAUCGGAAUAUCUAUGCAUUGUUUGUGGUGUCUUUUUGUUGUAUCAAUUAUGUCGAAUAAUGGUAAAAUGCUUCGUAAAAUAAAUAUAUAAACAGAGGGGGAUAAUCACGUGAUGAUCAAUAUUGCGACGUGCGUGCCAUAAAAUUAUUUUUUGCCGUUUUAUACCAUUUAUAACUGUUGUUUAAUUUUGUAUGCAACUCACUAUAAUAGCUAACAAUUUCGUAGCUAGUAAUGUUGAGAUAUGUAGAGAAUAUUAAUACGAUCUAAACGCGCAUCCCUUUCUUGCUGAUAUGACUGGAAUGUUAGCGCACUUUAACCAUCAAUACAAGUAAUAAAGGGGAUAGAACGGCAAAAAUACCUUUCUCGGCAUGGAUGUCACUAUCUUGACUUCAUAAAGGUCAUCACGUUAUAACCCUCUCUGAUAAAGAGAAGCGUG